CAGAAAAAGGUAAGCAUUGAUCAAGGGAAUAGUUUUGUUGAGUCUAGAGUAGAAGAGAAAAAAGAACAUGGAUAUGCCUAUGGUGCUCACCAUUGGAAUAUGGAGCGUGGAGCUGCUAUUACACUGAUUCCACUUGUCAGUACAUCUAUGUUGUAUGGUGCGCACCCUAUUGUGGAUGGCUUGAUGGGCGUUGUUUUACCUUAUCAUAUUUAUAUGGGAUUUGAUUCUUGUAUUACAGACUAUGUUCCAAAGAGAGUAUAUCCAAGACUUCACCGAGUAUCGAAUUGGAUCAAUGCUGCUUCAACAGGUUUAGUGAUGUGGGGAUGUUAUGAAUUCAAUACAAAUGAUAUUGGUAUUACUGAAUUCAUGCAGAGACUUUUUACUGCUUAA